AUGACUGAUCCGAAUUGGACAUUUCAUCCUCCGACAACAUAUUAUGCAGGUGAGUACGCUUUAAUUAACGUUUCAAAAUAGUUUUUGAUCUGAAUAUGAACGUGUGUAGCAAAAUACGUGUUUUUUUCCAGAUCAUUCGAUAGCAAAGCCGAUUCUGAUUGGUGGAGUCCAGAAUAACCAAGAUCAGGGACAUUCGCCGUCGGAUUCGUUUGGCCAAUCGGUGACUGCGUUCAAUGGAAUGGUCGACAAUUUGGUCGGAUCCCCCACGUCGUCGCAUUCACGGAAUUACGUGAGUUAUUCGUUUAUUUUUUGAUGAAAGUUUAAAAAAAUUAUUUGUUCUCAAGAACCGUUUCCACUUGAACAAGACGUUCUGCAAAGUGUAUCAAAGAAGGCUCUUAAGAGAACACGUUAGUGGUAAACACAAGAAUCCUGAAUCCAAAUCUGUUUUGGGCUUGAAGCUAGAAAAAAUAUUAUUUUCCCCUGUCCAAAACCAAAAAAAUUAUUAUUAUUGUAAACAAAAUGCUGCUUUCAGUUCUCAUCAUCAUAUGCAAUAUCACGGUCACCAACGGAACGGAAGUAGACUAGUUAUUUUUGAGAGAGAAAAAAUUAUUAAUUUCAGAGAUGAUAAAUCUCCGAGUGGAAGUUAUGGAGUACCAAUUCCUAUACCAGCCGAGGGAGUGCCUCAAGGAACGCCCGACUUUCAGAUGACUCCUUUUUUAGCGCAAGGCGGUCAAUUGAUAGGAGGGAGUCCUCCUGGCUACAUAGGUGCUCCUUGGUUUUCAAACGGACCCGGCAUCUUUCAAACGAUGCAACAAGCGGAUCCGUCGAACAACGUGAUUUCUUCGGUGUCGGGAGAAUUUCUGAACAACGAAAAUGGAGGACCAGGACAUAAUACGUCUCAUCAACCACCGCUUGUUUCCGGAUCUCCACCAUUCGGAUACGGAAACAUGUUGACGAGCUUCAAUGCGAUGGGAUUGGGUCAGCCGAUUCAGCAGCGGGAACCGCAGCAUUACCAGCACGCCAUUAUUCAUGGUAAGCCGUCAUAAUCUUGUUAUUACAAAAAACAUUGAACUUUGCAGAGCCAAUUCAAGGAAUGACUCAAAACGGCUUCGGACAGCAAGUGUUCUUUGCUCCGAUGCAAAAUCAACAGCAGCAACAUCAAGCUCAACAGCAGCAGCAGGCACAACAGCAAGCGCCGUCCCAAAAUGGCCAGCAACAGUUCUUCGGGCAACCAAACGGAAUAAACGGUGCUCAAGUCGCUGAUUGGCAGCAGAGAAGCUUUGGAAUGCCAUCACCGCAGCAGCAGCAGCAACAACAACAACAGCAGAUGCCGCAAAACGGUUUGCCGCCAAACUUCUCGCAAAAUCCACCAAGACGGCGUGGGCCAGAAGAUCCGAAUGCUCCGUCGCCGAGAUCGCUGCUUGAUAUCCGCAACAACGUGAUCGACUACGCCAAGGACCAGCACGGUUCUCGCUUCAUCCAACAGAAGCUCGAGCGUGCUUCUAUUCGCGACAAGGCUGCGAUCUUCCAGCCAGUGCUUGAGCACGCUGAGGAGUUAAUGACCGAUGUAUUCGGUAACUAUGUGAUUCAGGUAUGUGCAAUUUACUUUGUUACCGUUUCUAAUCAUUCUUUUUCAGAAGUUUUUUGAGUUUGGCAGUCAAGAGCAACGCACUCUUCUCGUGGGCACAAUUCGUGGGAACGUGAUGAAGUUGGCGCUGCAGAUGUACGGAUGUCGGGUGAUUCAGAAGGCGCUGGAGUACGUCGACGAGAAGUAUCAACUCGAAAUACUAGGAGAAAUGGAAGGACAGGUGUUGAAAUGUGUCAAGGACCAGAAUGGCAAUCACGUUAUUCAAAAAGUGAUUGAACGCGUACAAUCGGAACGUCUCCAGUUCAUUAUUGACGCGUUCACCAAGAAUAAUUGUGACAAUGUAGAGCCUCUGUUAGUCGGUCCAUUAUCAAACUAAUCUCGCAUUUAGGUCUACACGCUCUCGAUCCACCCGUACGGCUGCCGUGUCAUUCAACGUGUGCUGGAACAUUGCUCGCCCGAACAAAAGGAUCCGGUCCUGGAUGCCCUGCACGAACAUCUCAAGCAGCUCGUGCUUGACCAAUACGGCAAUUACGUCAUCCAACACGUCAUCGAGCACGGAACCGAGGCGGAGAAACGCAAGAUCGUGCAGGAAGUGAUCUCGGACGAUCUGCUCAAGUUCGCGCAGCACAAGUUCGCUUCGAACGUAAUUGAGAAGUGUCUCAGCUUCGGAACAGCCGAUGAGAGAAACACAAUCAUCGACAAAGUCUGCGGAGAUCCAAAUGAGUAAGAACAUGAGCUAGAAAAAUAAAUGUUCAUUGAAUUAUUCAGCCCGUCGCCGCCACUUCUCCAAAUGAUGAAGGAUCCGUUUGCGAACUACGUUGUCCAAAAAAUGCUUGACGUUGCCGAUCCACAACAUCGGAAGAAGAUCACUCUGACCAUUAAGCCGCACAUUGCCACUCUGCGGAAAUACAACUUUGGCAAGCACAUUUUGCGUAAGUGCCUGAAAGAAGUGUUGAAACGCCUGACACGAGAAGAACGGGAGCAAUUUCAAACUGAUUUUAUGGUUACAAGCAGCCUGUUUGUCAAUCUUCAUGAGGACCUCGAAGAGUUCGCUCUUUACUACUUAUUCUGAAACCACCCACUAUCCGAAUCAAUCCCCGGUUCAACCCGAUUCAACCGCUUCCAACCCUGUGAAAUUUACAACGUCAUCCCAUCGGUUUACUAUGUUUCGUUUGUGACCGGUGCUUAUUUUCUUGUGCCCUAACUUUACCCACAUCAAUGGAAUCAAUCAAGUUCGGUGGAGGAGCGACAAACAACAAUUUGCAGUGAUUCACUAGCCACUAUAAAAAAGUUUGUUGUGCUGUUUGAUUACCCGACCUCACCUUGUGUUUUUCAUCAGACUUACACCGACCGGAUCGCUUCUGGACGUCACCCGUUUCCGUUUUGCAAUUGUUUGCUUUGUGCCUUUUGCCUUCCAUCAGCCUAUUUUAUAUCACGCCGACUACGCAGAAAACGCAUGCUUAUCAGUUUUCCUCUGGGUUUCAUGCGUUUAAAAACACGCGUUCUGAUAACCUUCAUAAUAUCAUAAUGUUUGUUUCGCCCGCCCUUUUUGAACUUUUUAAUUUCAACUAUUUUCAGUUAAACUCGAGAAGUAUUUCGCGAAACAAGCACCGGUGCAUUCGUCAUCUUCCUCGUCAAAUGGUCAUAUUUACGACAUCCCGUACGAAUUACCUCUUGGAGCGGAUUUUAGUAAUCAUCCAUUUUAGUCGCCCUCAUUGAAUCUGUUACUUUGCUCAAACAGUUGAAAACAUGUGAUAAAAAAUAAGGUUGAUUGAAUCAAUCAAACGGGCAUUUGGUUUCUAUUGUCUAUUACUCCUUUACCAAUAUAUUUGUAGUAUUUUGUGAACACUUCUUAUUUCUCUCCAUAUAAUUGUAAACCGUUGUUGCUUUUUCUUUCGACUCAUGUAAUCUAGAAUCUAUGGUAACCCACUCAAAGUCCAAGUAAUCUUGCUUGAAAUUGGUUUUCAGUACUGUCCGUCCCGCCUACGCUUAGGUUUAGCUUACAAAAAAGUUCACAUUAGUCUCAUUCUGCCACAAAAUUGUUCUUUAUCGCAAGCGUUUUUUUUUCACUUCAACCGGCAAAACCGUCACUCGCACGCAUCCUUUCUUCUUCCACAAUUGCAGCCUUUCUCGAGUAAUCAUACACACGAUGCCUUACCCCUUUUUGAGCAGUAACUAGACCCUCCCCUAAGCCAAAUGUGUGAAUAUGUAAAUUUAAAUAGUUUUUUCACCCCUUCCCCUUUUCUUCUUCUCCCUCUUUCCCCCUUUUCUUCACCCUGUGAGCAUUUUUGUAAACUUUCGUUACUAUUUUUUCUAGGAAAUGUAUGUGUUUUUCAAUUUUUUUUUCUUAGGGGAUCCGGCCAGGAGAAUUUGAUUCUUGGAGUCUGACCCCCGAAUUUUUCUGUAUGUUGAGUAACUCAAAAUUGUAUAGCUGUAAAUCACUUGUUAUGCUGUCAUUUUUGUUCAAUGUUCAUAUUCAUGGAAAAGGAGGGUCCCGACUUGCUCUUUGUUCAUUUUUCCCGCUUCCGUCUCGCUUCUUCUUCUUCAUUCGUCCCAUCUUUGGAAAAGUGAGAAAGAGUUUGGGAUUAGUCGCAAAGCAUCUGUGAGCAAUCGCAGGGAGCCAAAAUCGGAUUCUUUCUCACUUUUUCUGCCGAUUAGUUUGUUAGCCACUCUCAUCACAUAAGCAUUUCUCUGCCGAAAUUUCUUGAUGUACUUACUUUCUGUAUGAGAUUUUGUUAAAUAUGGAAGAUUUCUAUUAUAUCAUUUUAUUUCGUUGAUCAUGCUUACGACGAAGAAAUGAAGUGUGUUGGUAAAAUUUGGCCACUUUUUUUUAGAUUCGAAUAACAGGAAACAGGAAACAGAAAAUCUUAAAGCAUGGAAGGUUAUGUUCAGAGUUGCCGCCGAGAGACGUUCUGCUGAGUAAUCGGUUGUCCGUUUGUUCAUCGCGCUCGAUUGGUUUGACCUCCUGAACAUGUUUACGCAACGCUUAAGAAGGUCGUAACCAGCUUUCGGACCAUCUGCGGGUGUAAAACCAAGUGUUUGUCUUGUAUUCGAACAAGUCGCAUUCUAACGGAUUUUUCCUCUCUAUCAUGCUCUCAGUUUCGACUACUUUUCCAGAAACUUUUGUACAAACACCUACGGGUUCCAAUCUUUCCUUGUUAGCACUAAAAUUUCAGAACAUGAUUGCUGUAAUUGUGAUUUUUUGCAAUGCUGGGUUCCUAAAUUCCGCUUUAAGACUUGUGCUAGCUAAUUUCAAUUAAAUAAAGAAUGUUUCCAAAAAAAUUGAAAACUUAUCAUUGUUUCCCUCGACAAGUCUCGAAAAAUCUGUGCCUCUCCCCCAUUGGCGAUUCAUCAAGUAUUUCGAAACAGAUUUUACGAAAUACAUUUCUGAUCCAUAACAACCAUUUUCCCACUUCUCUUCCGCACUUCACAUGACCUCUUGGGCAGUGUAAGUUCUUAAUCGGCGCCUUCUCCAUUCAUAGCGAACAAUAGGCCGUUCCCUUUUCAAUCUGACCUCCCGAUCUCUUUCCGUAUAUUUCCAUUUCAUAACAAAGAAUUCAUAAUUCAUAUAUUUUUGGAUGUAAAGGUAUCCAAGCACGUAAAUUUCCGUCUACUUUACCCUCCAAACCCAUAUGCUUCUGCUGCUGCUGCGUCCUUUUCAAAAUCCUCGCGCGCCACUCCUUGCAUUCAUUGCGGCGCAAUGCCUACUCCAAACCCAUUGGCCCCUCUGGUAUCGAUUGUUCGUGCCCACUUUUUCGGCUUUAUUUCGCAACACUCUGCGAGUCUCUAUCGCUUCCGUCGCCCCACCGCAUUACAUAUUCCCUCAUCUUUCUCCGACACAGAAAGCGUUGGCAUUUGAGUCCACAGGAAUCUGCCGUUUUGUUACGAGAAGAACUUUCGCUCACUCAGAUACACUUCUCGCCGCCAAUCAAACUCCUUAUUGUUUGCUCAAAAAUGAAUAUUUUAUAAAAGAGCGUCACCAUUCGCGAGUAAACACUAGAGCACGUUCCACCACUACCUUAUAUAUAUAUAUAUAGGUUUCAUUCCAAUCGAAAAUGAUGAUGAAUCACAAAUAAAUGACCGCAGCGUAUCCCAUCAAGUUUUUUUUUUCUCAUUCCACGACUACACCCACCGGCCCCUCGUUUUAUUUCUCUCCAUAUAUUGCGGCGAAGGCCACUCUCGCCUCUUCCGCCCAUUUUCUUUAAUCGCGUAUAUACCCAUUUGUUGAGUUUCAUGUUUCAGGAUGGAGAUCGCCUACGAUCUUUCUUCCAUUUUCACAAGCAACAUCCAGCGGCUCGACCGUGCCGAUUUGCUGAGAUAUGGACCGAAACGAUACUGGCCCGUCGCCCAAAGCAUUGAUUCGCUUGGAGAAAUGUCAUCUAAGGUACGGAUGUUCUAGCGCUUUUUUCUUCGUUUUCGUAGGCAAUGCAUUCGAAAUGAUAGAGUGCUUACAUAGACUAUUCGAAAUGCACAACAUUUGUCUUUUUUUCAGUUCCACGGAUGGAAACGAGUCAUUACAAAGUAUGAGAAGAUCGUUGACCAGGAUGAGGAACAGAUCGUGUACAUUCUCUGGGAGAAAAUUGACGGGUAAUGAGACUGUGUUGUUCGGAAAAUUUCAUAAAAUUGAGUUUCUAGACACAAAAGUCUGUUGAAAGGACUUCUUCGCGUAGGAUACAAAACGUUAUACCUGACCGAUAACGAACAGAACCAGUACAUGGAAAAGGCCAUGUGCAUUUUGGACUUUUUCGUCGUUCAAACUGAGCAAAGAUCUGGAAAUGGGUUCAAACUUUUCGAUUCGAUGAUCAAGGUAAACUAAUAUAUUUGGGAAGUCACAUCUCAUUCAUACUUUCAGACGGAAAACGUGUCUGUUGAACAAUGCGCGUUUGACAAGCCAUCCGCCGCUUUGCAGAAGUUCCUCGAGAAAUACUACAAUCAGAAAGAUCCAGGUUAGCCGUAAUCAUUAUUUUAGCGGCUGUUACACCGCUGAAUUUCAAAAAUGGCGAACAAAACGACUCCAUAUACCCGAUUUACCGACGGAAAUCGCUUUGUCGCACUACUCGUAGCCAUUGCUCCAACAAUUUUGGCAGCGAGGAUAAUACUAGUCUAGUUUCCCGACACUUCACGGGUUCCGCGCUUUGUUAUGAUUUCCAUGGGGAGUGGGCGUGGCCUCGGCUCGGCUUAACACUGAUAAGGUUAUGCACUUUGAAUAUCGCUCAAAAUUUGUUCAUUGAUUCCGGAGAAAUGAGAUUUUCCGGUAAUCUGAGGGUUCUGAUUCCGAUUUUAACAGCCUCACUCACUAAAAUUGACCUCAAACGUAUGUUCUUUCAGUUUGGCAGUCGAACAAGUAUGCAGUUUACACGGCCUUCUUCCUCGGAAAGCACCCAACUAUCCCGUUCACUCCACGCCAAACCAAACGUGCUUCCCGUGCAAGUUCCGCAGUUUCCAGCCAUAAUUCCAGCAGAAACACUUCUCCGAUCGGAGUGAGAUUAUAUCAUCCAAUUAUAUCAAAGGAUUUUCCAACUUUCUUUUUUUCAGCGCAACCGCCCUCGUCACGAUUCGGUUGCUGAUCUCAUGCGUCAGGAUAUGUUCGCCGGUGUCCGCCCUGAAGUUGACCCGAACAGUCCGACCGGACUGAAAAACUCGAGAGAUUUCGGACACCGUCGAAUUUGGUGA